AUGGAGGCCAACGAAGAUAUAACGGUCGAUAGUCCGUUGGCAAAGUGGCGCGAGGUUCACGUAGCAGCGCCACCGUCUCCACUGUAAGUUAUUUUGAUUUUUGUGUUGUAUUUUAGGUGUUUGAGAAGGAUUUGAGGGUGGUUUUGUUUUAGGGAUUUUAUUUGGUGGAUGAUCACAAAAUUGUGGUGCUUUACGUGGGAAAGUCUAGGUAAAACAAAGUUUUUUAUGUUAUUAGUUUCGGAAAUGAAUAAGCUUGCUUUUGACAAUAAAAUUUACGUUAUUUUAAAGUGUUGGAAGUUAAUUUUGGUUGAUGUUGCUUUAGGGCUUAAUAUUGGUAGACGCUCUGGGAAUUUCUUGUUUUUUGGUUGAAAAAGAAAAUUAAUGCAAGGUUUUUGAUUUUAUUAGUUUUUAGAGUUUAUUAUCUAUCUUUAAGAGUUUAAACCUUAACAUUAGCUAUUUUCUAAAGUUAUAUCCACUGAUUUUUAGGACCACUUCUACCUAUUUAUUGAUAACAUAACAUAUUUUCUUAUAUUACUCUAACUCCUUUCAGACCACGACAUGGACAUAAAGCGGUGGCUAUUCGCGAAUAUAUGAUAGUUUUUGGUGGUGGUAACGAAGGAAUUGUAAAUGAAUUGUAUGUGUUUAACGCAAAUAAAAAUACCUGGUUUAAACCAGUGGUGAGGGGAGAAGAAAUGCCCGGUUUGGCGGCUUUUGGCAUGGAUUCAGAUGGCGAAAAGAUUUAUAUUUUUGGAGGAAUGAUUAAUUCUAAAAAGUAAGUCGAUUUUUGUAAAGUUUAUGUUUUUUAGGGAAAGAUAAUUCGAAUGCUGGGUUUAGAAUGAUACUAUAAUAUAGCUCUUGGGUGGAAAAGUUUAACUUAGUGUAUUUUUGGAUUUCAAACCUUGUAUAAUGUUUUAGAAAGACUAUAUUUUUUACUUUAGUAAAGAUUUAUAGUCUAGUGUUUCGAUUAUUUGAGAUAUUUACGUUUUGGGUAUUUACGGUCUAUUACAACAUAAUUUUACCUAAUUUUCUAGAUAUUCCGACCAAUUCUACGAGCUGGACUCGAGACGUUGGGAGUACCGAAACCUCAGGAUUCGCGCACCAAGAAAUAAUGCACUUCCGCCGUGUGGCCGGUUGGGACAUUCACUUAAUGUUGAUAACGAAAGGAUCGCUUAUAUUUUUGGAGGAAUGGCCAGAGACGAGGAUGGCUCUAUUCGAUACUUGGACGACCUAUACAUGGUUGAUAUGAAUCCAAGCAAACCGUUGGCAUACGAGAAGAUUGAGAUUGGUUAUGGUCCAUGUCCUCGGGAGUCACAUACCUCAACAUUAUAUGAAACGGACAAACAAAAGUUCUUGUUUAUAUACGGAGGUAUGAAUGGAGAUAGGCUUGGUGAUAUAUGGAUUCUUGAUUUGAUUCACUUUGCUUGGAGAGAGAUUCAGGCAGUUGGACAGAUUCCAAGACCAAGAUCACUGCAUUCGGCCAGUUUGGUCGGGGAUAGGUAGGGUUUUUAUGUAAAAGAUGCGUAGUUUUGCAGUUUAUAUUAUUUGGAGAAGGUGCAGAGGACUUAUAUUUGCUCAAUAUUCAACGUUAAAAUAGUGUUUAUAUUUAUUUAUCACCUAUUAUUUGAGUAAAUAUUGUCUAAACUCACGUUUUUCUUCAGAAUCUUCGUCUUUGGAGGCUGGGUCCCUGUAACUUCUGACGACUUUAACCAACAAAGCUCAUCCAGACCAGACUGGAAGUGCUCGAACGAUGUUCACUCUUUCAACGUCCUCACCAACACAUGGGAAACCUUCAAGGAGCCUGUGGUCGACGAGAACAACCGACAACCCUUGGGCCGGGCAGGCCAUUCAGCUUGUGUGGUGAACAACAGAAUCUACGUAUGGUCGGGCAGGGAUGGCAUUAGAAACAUUGGGUCUAACUUGAUGUGGUGCAAAGACCUGUACUAUCUGGAAACUCAACUUCCAACUGUCCCGAGACAAAUCCUGUUGAACAAGGCUACGUUAACAUCGAUUGAAAUCACGUGGCCGCCAGUUUGUAACGCGGACUUGUAUCAUGUGGAGUUGAAGAAGAUUGGGCCGGAUGAUCAAGGUGGGUUUUUGCCUUGAAAGGACUAAAAAUAAGCUGUGUUUUCAGUUUUUGAAAAUUUUUUAUAUAUUUUUUGGUGAAAAUCUUUAGUCUUUCACAUUUAAAAAUUAUUUGUAGCUCAACGUCGUGCUAUGCCCCAACAAAACGGGCAAAGGAUCAAAAGAGUCCAUGUCCCAGGAGCUAGCCCUCCCAAUCUCACCCCGAACCCACGCCCUCUGCCCUACCGUCAAAUCACAUCGGACGGUCGAGUCUUCAACCGACCCGGCUUUAGAACAGCACAACCUCAACAACGUGAAACUCCACCUUCAGGAUCCUACAGCAAUGGUCACCCAACCCCGGAGAAACAACAAUAUGCACCAUCGUACGCACCACAAACCUUCUCCACACCCUACCAGAAUCCACAGAACAGUGUCGACGCUCAGAUGCCAAGCAACAUACUGGAGGAUGCGGAACCAGAAGGGCCUCAGGCCGAAAAACUCGAGGAUCCGGCCGACAUCUCGCUAUCAGCCGAAUCCCGACCACAGGCACUGGUCGAUCCGGCUAAUAUUUCACUUGAUAACGAACCUCAACAAAGCUCUAGUCAAGACAUGAAGAUGGAAGGAGAGAAUGAAGGAAUGAAAGUAGAGGAUUUGGGUUUGAAAAACGAAGGAGAAGGAGUUAAAAAUGAAGGUGAACGCUUGAAAACUGAGGCUGAAGGCUUCAAAGGCGCUUCAGGAGACUUUAAACCAGCUCCAGAAGGCUUUAAAGACGAGAAACACUUCCAAAAUCAUUCAGAAUCCCUUAAAAAUGAGCCAAAACCAAUGGAAGAAGGCUCCGAACCGAUCUCAAAACCAACCAACUCCCAAGCCAGUGAUGUGUCAAUGCGAGACGAAACUUCUCAGAGCAAACCACAGAACCCGGAAUCAGAAGUCACUGCAAUGGAAGGCACUACAGACUCGGGAGUGGUUGAACCACGCACGACUCCAGAACAGACACAGUCGGCUGGACUGAAUGCUUUACAGGUAAGGGGAGAACAUUGGAUUUUUUGAAGUUUUCAGUAUUAAAAAAAUUUUUUUUGAAAAAAUGAAAUUUAAAAUUCCAGAUCUCAUCCCAAAAACCCACGCCCUCGGAAUGGUGCUACGUUGGCCAAGUGAAAAAUGCCAUUUGCAAAAUCACCGAGUACACAAUCAACACGCCAGAAGGCCCAAAAACCGCCAAAAUGGAAGCCGGCUUCAUUUACCAGUUCCGAGUUUCGGCCUCGAACGCCUGCGGCCAAACUCCAUGGUCAGAACCGGUUUCAUACAAAACUGGAGUACCAGGUUUCCCAGGUGCACCAUCUUCGAUCAAGAUCACAAAAGGCGACAGCUGCGCUCACCUCAGCUGGGAACCACCAACUGUACCAAAUGGUACCAUCACCGAGUACAGUGUCUACUUGGCUAUGAAGACUAACUCACUGGCCGGCGAGACGAACAGUUUCUUGAAGGUAUACAGUGGAACGGAACCAAUGUGUCGAGUAGAUGGAGCCAAUCUGAAGAAGGCCUUUGUGGAUUCUACUCCGAAGCCGGCAUUCAUCUUCCGUAUUGCGGCUAGAAAUGAGAAGGUAAGGCGUCGUUUUAUUUGAAGGUGACAGGAAAAAUGAAAGUUUUUACAAGUUGGGAGAAGGGGCGUUGGAAAAAUUUUGGGCAGGGUGAGAAAUUUUUUGGGGUGGAUUUUUUUUUGAAAAAAAAACUUUUAAGGGUAGGUGAGAAAUAUAUUUAGCCGAGUCUAUUACACUGCUUACUGUAACCACAGUCUCUAAUCAAACCACUUUUUAGGGAUACGGUCCCGCCACCCAAGUCCGAUGGCUGCAGGAAGGCCGCCUCAACCCACCCAUGCCCAUCCACGCCAUCAAAACCCCACCAGCCGGCUUCCAACGCGUCGCCGCUCCCUCCUCUCUACCACACCCCACCUACACGAAAAGAGUGCGAAUCGAAUGA